AUGUACUACGAUAAACAAUUGGCAGUACAAGAAAAAUGCGAUAUUUCUAGAGAAAAAUGUACUAACUUUUCAAUGGGUGUGCGUAUCCAAAAGUCAUUUUUUCAACAACAUAGUUUCACGUUGGACACUGCGUGGAAAUCUGUCGGAAAAAUCGUUUAUUGUAGAAACGGUGCUUGUAGUUUCGAAUACACUAUGAAGAUUGAAAAAAGUACACAGAUUGAGUAUGGCAAUGAAAAAUCUUCAACGCGAUCGUCCACAGUGGGCAACAGUGAAUCUAUUUCAGGUACAAUAACUGCAGGUGUUAGUGCUGGUUUUUCGGCCAUGGGCAUACAAUACGGCGGAUCGGUUGAAACUUCUGUACAACGUGGUAGUGAACGGUCAUUUGAAGUCACUAAGGAGAAUGGCUUUACUGUAUCGUACUCAACGAGUACGGCAAAUACUGUCGGUUUCGAAGAAAAAAUAAUUUGUAAUGGCGUUCAAAAUGAAAAAAUAUUUAUACAGGCGCGAACAAACAUGACACGAAUGACGGGCAACGCUUGCGAAUAUGUAUGUAGUUUGACAGUGGGCGAACAUAAUGUGCACAUAGUAACUUGUAAUUACGUUGAUUUAAGAAUGUAUCCGGUGCAAAAUGAACAUAUAUUCACCGAAUGGGCAUGUAUUCGCGAAAUUUUUUAA